UGCAAGAGGGGGUCAGCUGAUCGCCUUCGUCACUGGCAGUAGCUACCGACGCGUGUCGUUGAGCAAGACAGUAGCUAACACAAGAAAUAAGCAACAGUGUAAGAAACGGAAUCUAUCACCAGUGAAGUGACAACUAGUUUUAACGUCGACAAGUUCCAGGGCAACCAGAGUUUAACGUCAAGAUGGCUGACACGGAGCAAACGACCCCCCCUCCUCAACUAGGACCAGUACAAUAUAUGUUGGCGAACAAGUUGGAGACAGCGAUGUGGCUGUCACGGGUCUUCACAGUGUACUGUUCAAUCAUGUUCAUCCUGCCACUUCUAGGGCCUCAGGCAGCAGCUAACUUCUACCAGCGUGCUCUGCUGGCCAACGCCCUGACCAGCGCCCUGCGGCUGCACCAGAGGCUCCCGCACUUCCAGCUCAGCAGAGCCUUCCUGGCCCAGGCUCUCCAAGAGGACAGCUGUCACUACCUGCUGUACUCCCUCAUCCUGGUCAACUCCUACCCCAUCACCAUGAGCAUAUUCCCUGUUUUCCUCUUCUCCCUGCUCCAUGCAACUACGUAUACAAAGAAGGUUCUAGAUGCGAUGGGUCCCAACAGCCUUGCCUUCGUGAGAAACUUCCUCGACAAGCUCACAGCGAACCAGCAAAACAUCCUCAAGUUCAUCGCCUGCAAUGAGAUAUUCCUAAUGCCAGCCACUGUAUUCAUGCUCCUGAGUGGCCAAGGCAGCUUGCUGCAACCCUUCAUCUACUACCGGUUCCUCACCCUCCGUUACACCUCUAGAAGAAACCCCUACUGUCGCACGUUGUUCACCGAGCUGCGGAUUCUUAUAGAACACCUCAUCAUGAAGCCUGUCUGCCCUGCCUUCUUCAGGAGAAUGUGCCUCAACAGCAUCGGCUUCAUCAGCCGGCUCGCCCCCACGGGGGUGUGAGCUGUGUUUUCACCAUCCGGGGCAGAGGCCAACUGGAGGGACCACCAAACAACAACAACAAAAACCUUUGAAUGUUUCAGGUCCGGUUCGUCCCUACAGCUCUGUACAUACACCAUUGUAGAAGCCCUGCCUGCGAUGGUCUGAACCUUGAUCACAUCGAUAUUAGGCUUUAUGGAACUGCUGGCUGCAGCCACACCCCCCUGCUCGUUGGAAAGUGCACCUGCUGACUUUCAGGAUUGAUCCCCUGAUGGUAAUAAGGUUUUUGUUUGGUCCUGUACUGUUUAUUUAUUCAUGGCAAAUACUUGUUCUCUCACAAAAUGAUCAUAUUAACCUUCUGAGAUUAGGUAGGUGAUGAUACCAGUUGCAGUCAUUGUUUUUUUAUAAUCAUUUUCUGUUUUUCAAAGUGACAUGAAUGAAGGAUGGUUUAUGUGUGUGUGUGUAGUUUCUAUAUCACCAAUUCCAUUUUCUACUUUUUUUGUAUGUGAAAUGCAUUGGCCUCCAUGACUUAUUUUGUCUUAACAUGUUUUACUUGGAAUCUAAAUGUGAUAUAUAGAUAUUAAUACAAUUUAAAAGCGAUGUAGAGAAAGGAACAGGGUCAAAAUUAGGCACUGAAAUUGAAUAUCUGCCAUAGUUGAUCCAAGUCAAGAUGAUAGAAUUGGUUUGAAUCAAUCAGCUUCACCACUUAAGCGCUCCAUAUACAACGCAUGUCACACAGACUUUGGAGAGAAUACACCUAAUAGUUUAAAUGCAAGACCAUAGGUGAAUCCUGAACAUGUUUCCUGAUCAAAUGACUUCAAAUUUCCAUUCAGUGUGACUGAGUUGUGGCUAGUGUAGAUGUGGUUCAUCGCAUGCUCUGUUAUGCCAUGUAGAUGUAUUUAUUAUUUACCUGUAGGAAAACCAUGUUUGUGUAGAUAUGGAAUAAAAUGAUCAAUUACCUGAAAUGAAUAAAAUAUUGUAGAAAAAGA